AUGGCCGUUUACAGACCCCCAGGAGGCGAUAAAACCCUAUUUCUUGAAAAAUUAAGUGAAGCUCUGGAUAUCGUUUCUAGAAAUUCGAACAAUCUUUUUCGGCAUGGUGAUCGAACUCCUGACUUUUUAUAUCCAAAAGAUCCAUACACCGAAGAAGAUUUUUAUCCAUAUAAAAUUGCUCAUUUAACAAAUAAAGGAAAACUAACUUGCUACAACAUUGGGACAAGUCUUCGAAAAAAAUAUAACAAACUUCUCAGUGAUGUUUACACUCCGGAUAUUUUGUAUGCUGUUUCCUCAAAUUAUCCAAGAUCUAGAGCAAGUAUGGAAACGGUUUUUGCGGGUCUAUCCGAAGAAUUAAUUUGGAAUAAAGAUUUGCUAUGGGAACCGAUUCCUUAUGAUUAUUUACAAUUCAAAGAAAACAAUUUAUUUCUUUCUCUUUACACUUGUCCAAAUAUGAACAUAUUAAUGAAUGAGACUUACAAAAAUCUCGAUUCUGAUCCGAUUAUUCAAAAAUAUAAUCAUUUACUUCCCUAUUUGAAACAAAUUACAGGUAUGACUGGAAAUCUUUAUGAGAUAGGCAUAAAUUUAUGGCCAACAUUAAAGUCAGAACAAGAAGCUGGGUUGGAAAUACCAGUUUGGGCUCGAAAGGUGUAUCCUGAAAUUUUGGUAGAAAUAGCAAAAUACAAUUGGGAGAUUUUUAGCCAUGGCGAUACAACUCCACACAGUUUAUAUCCAAAUGAUCCAUACACCGAAGAAGAUUUUUAUCCAUACAAAAUUGCUCAUUUAACAAAUAAAGGAAAAUUGACUUGCUAUAACCUUGGAACGUACCUCCGUAGAAAAUAUAAUAAACGUCUUGGAGAUGUCUAUACUCCGGAUAUUUUAAGUGCGAUUUCAACUCAUCUUCCAAGAACUACAGCGAGUCUUCAAGCUGUUUUAGCGGAUUUAUUCCAAUUAAUUUGGAAGAAAAAUUUGCUUUAUUUAGUUCAUCAUGAUGAAAACGUUGCUGCAAUUUUAUAUUUCUCAGAUAAUUUUGUUACGCACAUUCCGAAUAAUUCAGCACAUAUCAUUAUAGAAGUUCACAAAUUUACUGGAAUUUACUUCAUAAAGUUUCUUCAUCAAAACUACGACAACGAUUUAGAACCUCAACCGCUUUUCGUACUUAAUUGUGGAAUUUAUUGCCCAUUAGAAGUGUUUGUUCGAUUGUAUGCGAAACAAUUGGACCCAUCUAAUUUGGAUGCCUUGUGCUGGUUAAAAUGA